AUGGACCUCCGUCACGCCUCCCUGAAGGCGCUGGUGCUGGCUGUUUAUUAUUAUGCAGCCCAGGCACCACUGUACCUGGUCGCAAGGGAGUCGGGGCUCUCCCAGCAGACCCUUGUGGAUUGGACAAACUUCCUGAGAGAGAUCUGGUCAGACCAGUGGGCCGGCUACGGCCUGCUGGCGGUCGCCGGUUUCGUCCACCGCACCGUAAAUCAUUCGGUGGAGUUUGUCCGCGCCGAUGGUGUCAACACCAACACAGUAGAGGGCAUGUGGUCGGUCAUGAAGGCCAAGCUGAAGCGGACGCGGGGCACAUCACGCCAGAUCCUGCCAAGCUACUUGGACGAGCACAUGUGGCUCAAACGCCAUGGCCGCAGUAACACGUUCCCUGAGCUUCUGCGGGCCAUCCGGCAGCAGUACCCAGUGUAGGGCAGGUCCGUCCGCGUCGGUCCGGCUCGCUCGGCGUCCGAACGGCGUCUUGCGUAGUUCGCCGCCUUCCGAGCAAGAGUAGCCACACCGCCUGGUGUUUUGACUGGUGUUUGUUGUAAGUACGUGUGUUCGUUUUGCUA